AUGGCGUCCACCGAAGAUUGGCGUACUCCUACUUACCGUCAGAAAGUUAUUUUACAGAUGUAAGUAUUUCAGCUUUUCCUUUCUUCAAGUUAUAGUAUUUAAGGUAAAAUUUCCGCACAGCCCCAUACUAUUGUUAAACAAAUCUGUUUUCCCAAUGGUAAUGUAUUGUUUUUGUCGUUGUUUUCUCUAUCCAAGAACUGAAUGCACAAUAUACUAUGGGGCUGUGCAGAAAUUUUACCGUAUUUAAGAGCGGUCGUGUUUUUUCUUAGUUCGAUAUGCGCCUUUUCAACUCUUCGCACAUACUUCCGCUUGUAGCGAAGAAGCAUUAAAAAGAUCUGGGAAUCCCAAUAUGAUGAUGAGUAACCCCAGCGACAUGGAAAAUCAAUUGUUUCUGAAGGCCGAAACAAGGGUGAGUGUACUUUUUACGCUAUUGGAUAUCUUGGCAUGACUCGAGAUCUUCGUGUUUGUCAUGCGAAUAGUCUGAUACACAAUUUGAUCACGUACUAAUCGUUAUACUGCAUGUCUCUACCUAAGUCAUCUUGAAGAGUGUUUUUAGUUUGGAAGUCAUUGCUAUCUAUUACAUUAUCAAUUGGAACAUCAAAGAAAACCCAUCCUUCUUUCAGUUUACCAAAUGGAGAGUUUGAUUUCCUUCCACGCAUUUUCAAUACGCAUUGUACUCAGACGAGUUUUCAGAUUCGUAGCCAAAUCAAAGCUGCCAAGAAAAAAGGAAAAUUUGCUUUCGUUUUAUUUGUCUUAUGUUAAACCUCCAGUAUCUUUCAGUUGUUCAUUUGUUCAACUACAACUGUUCAGAAUAAACAAGAGUAGUGAACAGAAGUUACAUUUCGUGAUCAUGAAUUUUGUGGUCGAGUGAACAGGAUGUUGCAAGAUGAUUUAAAUUUGUUAUUUGGGAGUCAUUUAAAAACUUUUGAUAACAGUAGUUCUGUAAGGCAUGUCAUUGGUAGACUUAAGGUAGCUUGGUAAACCUGUGGGUGAAACUGUACAUCAGUACAAUACCAUGUGUUUGAAAUGAGAACCUAUAAGUUAUCUCAUAUAUAGGAUGUGUUUGAAAUGAGAACCUAUAAGUUAUCUCAUAUCUAAGAUACUAUUGGUGUGUAAAUUGUAUCAUAUGGUUAUGGAAAAUGCAAUAAACAUUAGCUUAUGCAUUCAAAAACAAACAUUUCAUAAAUUUCUGUAUCAAUCACUUUAAAAUAUAAUUUCAGGAAGAUCAAUGUACAUUUUUGGCAUGAAGCAUUACAUGGUAUUGCCUUCAACAUGAAAAAAAAAAAAUGUCACAAUUGUUGUCCCCUUGUUUCUCUCAGUACUUUGUGUCAAUAUGUGGACUGUGUUCUUGUUGUAGUGGUCUUGAAAUUACAGUUUGUUCACCAGCAGCAGUCAUCUUGAGUUAUUUAUUGAAAUUCAAGGAUGUCAAAAGUAAAACAAAAUUAUACUCUGAAUUUUUUUUUUUUUAAAUUUCAAAUAGCAUGAUAUGUAAUCAUAACCCUAAUUUUACUUAACAUUCUUUUCUUAGGCUAAUUACCUUUUAUAUGUUGCUCGUGUUUUGGUUUAUAUUCGUGACAAACGUAAGUAAACUUGCUUAAAGUAACAUACAUGUUUACUGGAAUAUUAGGUUUAAGAAAAUCCAAGUGGAAGCUGAUCUUGUAAGCACUGACAAGAUGAAUAAGCAUUUUUGCAUGCAAUUUUGUGGCUUAAACUCUACUUUAGUGCAGGAAUAUUUGCUUUGGUUUUGUGAAAAAAAGAACAAAGACAUGAAAAAUACACUCAGACCCAUGCAAGGCACCCACCCAAAGGAGUAGAAAAAAUGUACAAAAUUAAAGAUACAAAUUAAAGCUAAGAAAUAAGAGCAAUCCUGUGAUAUGUACCACAAUCAAAUCAGGUCCACAUCAACUGCUAUCAAAACUGAUAUCUGAAGGGACUUAUACUUAUUUUUCAAUAAUAAUUUCCAAGAAGGUGGAGCACAUACAGUAACCUUUUGGAUCCUAAAAAAAUGGCAGUCUCAAGAUAAUUUUAGGUUUCUUGUAAUCUGAUAAUUUUGUGGCACACAGUCAUAAUUGUCACUUUUGAUGGGAACAGUCAGUGUAAAAGAGACAUGUUUUCUUUAAGGAAACAGCAAACACUGAUAACAAGCUAGGGCUCAAACUUGGAUUAUGUUAAUCAAGCUUCCUUGCUAACAGACCACAUUAUCACCCACAGGAGUUGAUAUGUCUGUAGAAGACCUGAUGAACAACCAAACAUAGAUGAAAAGACUCACUUGUACAAACAAAUAGAAGGACUAAAUAAUAUUAAAACAUUAAAAUCAUAAAUAACAUUAAAACUUUCUUUUUGUUUGCCAUAAAUAAUGACAUUUUAUCGUCUGUCUGGUGGGGUUUCAUUUUCCAGUUAAGUUUUAAUAAUUGUUUGAGAGUUGUAAGCUCUGUGUUUUUGUCAAGCUAGGAUUGAAAAGGAACUCAGAAACUCUGACCUGCCGCAAGAGUUGUGUAAUGGAAAGCAUCUAAAUGAUGCUUGUGAUAUGUUUAUACCUAGUUAUUCCCAGGCUCAGGUAUAUUAAUUUUUUAUUUAUUUGUUUUAUUUUAACUUAUGGAUUGAUCAGGCUAAUCAAGAGGAUUAGAAACCCAGGAUUAACUUUCAAACUGUGCCAAAACUUAACAUUCUUGAUCAUUUUCUGGCCUUUUGGUUUUGGCGGGGGGAUCAUUGGGUCCAGAUGAAAGUUAUUACAGGUCAGAUGUCUUAAUUAAACUAUCUUAGUGGGAAGUGCCUUAGCCUUGUCCAAAAUACAAAAUUGUAUUUAAAAGUGAACCACUCUGCACUCUCCAGCCCACUUGCUGAAGCGGCAUUACUUUGAAACAAAUUUUCACCAUGAGGUAAAAUCUUUAGUAAUUUGGGAUAUGCAGUUGUACAGAGCAAGCUUGCAAGAAGGUCUUCCAUGAACGGAUUUUUUGUUGCCACACUGAAAAGUACUGAAGCCCAUUAAUAUAGUCUUUGAUGACAUUUGACCUGAAUGACUUUAAAUUGCUUUCUUUGCUGGAGAUUUUUGACAGCUACAGCUUACCAGACAUUGAAGUACAAGUGUACAUGUGUCAUGUGUUGCGCUAUUUCAUGACCCAUGACGUAAUUAAAUUGAAGGGAUUUCCAAGUUUACCAGAUGUGAUGCUGUUUUUCCAGCCUGAGUACAAAUUUACGUUUUCUUGUGUCCAAAAUUUACCUUUAAGCAUUGGUGGAUAUUAAAUGGAAAUUUCAAAACUUUGCUAGAUGAGUGUUUUUGACUAAAUAGUACCCAGUAAUAAACAACAAACUAUUGCCUCCUUUAUUUCUGCUCCCGCUUCCCGCCCCCUGUUCUCCUUCUUUCUGCCCUCUCCCGCCCCCUGUCUAUCCACUUACUAGCAAGAUAUCUAUAUAACAUCAUCUGAUAUAAACGCCCCCCUACCCCUCCCCUGGCAAUAUUUGCGUGCUUACUCACCGAAGAAGUCUCGGCGCGACUUUGAAUUCGCGAACCAAUAUGGCGUCCACCGAAGAUUGGCGUACUCCUGCUUUCCGCCAGAAAGUUAUUUCACAGAUGUAAGUAAUUCAGCUUUUCCUUUCUUCGAAUUAUAAUAUUUAAGAGCGGUCGUGUUUUUCUUAGUUCGAUAGAGAUCGUUCCAUUCUUUGUGUUUUAUGCGCCUUUUCAACUCUUCGCACAUACUUCCGCUUGUAGCGAAGAAGCAGUAAAAAAAUCUGGGAAUCCCAAUGUGAUGAUGAAGAAUCCUAGCGACAUGGAAAAUCAAGUGUUUCUGAAGGCCAAAACAAGGGUGAGUGUACUUUUUACGCUAUUGGAUAUCUUAGCAUGACUCGAGAUCUACGUGUUUGUCAUGCGAAUACUGAUACAUAGUUUGAUCGCGUCGGUAGUAAUCAUUAUACUGCAUGUCUCUACCCAACUCAUAUUGAAGAAUGUUUUUAGUCUGGAAGCCAUUGCUAUCUAUUACAUUAUCAAAUGGAACAUCAAAGAAAACCCACCCUUCUUUCAGUUUACCAAAUGGAGAGUUUGAUUUCCUUCCACGCAUUUUCAAUACGCAUUGUACUCAGACGAGUUUUCAGUUUCGUAGCCAAAUCAAAGCUGCCUAGAAGAAGGGAAAAUUUGCUUUCGUUUUGUUUAUCAUACGUUUAACCUCUAGUAUCUUUCAAUCGGCUUUAACUGCUUAGAAUAAACAAGAACAGUGAACAGAAAUUACAUUUCGUGACGUUAUGCGCGCAAAGUCAUACAAACAGUCAUAUCACGAAAGUUCUGCUCAAGUGAACAGGAUGUUGCAAGAUAACUUAAAUUUGUUAUUCGGGAGUCAGUUACAAACUUUUGAAGAGGGUAGUUCUGUUAGGCAUGUCAUUGGUAUCUAAAAGUAGCUUGGUAAACCUGUGGGUGAAACUGUGUAUCGGUACAAUACCAUGCGUUUUGAAAUGAGAAUCUUUGUUCAAGGUAUCUCAUUGAUACUAUUGAUGUGUAUUGUAUCGUAUAGGAAAUGCGUUAUAUAUUAGCUUAUCCAUUCAAAAACAAACGUUUCAUAAAAUUUCUGUAUCAAUCAAUUUUAAAUAUAAUUUCAGGAAGAUUAAUGUAGAUUUUUGGCUUGAAGCAUUACAUGGUAUUGCCUUUAACAUGAAAAAAAAAAAAAAAAAGUCACGGCUGUUGUCCCCUUGUUUCUUUCAGUACUUUGACUUGAUAUGUGAACCACGUUCUUGUUGUAGUGGUCUUGACAUUACAGUUUGUUCACCAGCAACAGUCGUCUUGAGUUAUUUUUUGAAAUUUGAGGUUGUCAAAAGUAAAACAAAAUUAUACUCCGACAGUUUUUUUUUUUUUUUUUUAAUUUCAAUAACAUGAUAUGUAAUCAUAACCCUAAUUUUACCUAACAUUCUUUUCUUAGGUUGAUUACCUCGCAUAUGUUGCUCGUCUUUUGGUUUAUAUUCGAGACAUACGUAAGUAAUCUCGCUUAAAGUAAAAUACAUGUACACUGGAAUAUUGGGUUCAAGAAAGCCCAAGUGGAAGCUGAUCUUGUAAGCACUGACAAGAUGAAUUAGCAUUUUUGAAUGCAAUGUUGUGGCUUAAACUCUACUUUAGUGCAGGAAUAUUUGCUUUGGUUUUGUGAAGAAAAGAACGAAGACAUGAAAAAUACACUCAGACCCAUGCAAGGCACCCACCCAAAGGAGUAGAAAAAAUGUACAAAAUUAAAGAUGCAAAUUAAAGCUAAGAAAUAAGAAUUACCAAUGAUGACAUGAGCAAUCCUGUGAGAUGUACCACAAUAAAAUCAGGUCCACAUCAACUGAUAUCAAAACUGAUAUCCAAAGGGACUUAGACUUAUUUUUCAAAAAUUAUUUCAAAGAACCUGGAGAUAAAAUUUCUAGGAAGAGCUACAUCACAAACAAUAUUCCACAAUUUGACUAUGGAAAUAAAAUACAAAGGUUGUACACUGACCAUAUGGGGGACAUGAAUGGUUGUUAAAUUUCACAUUAUUACUAACAUCAAACAAGAUUCAUGAUUUUUCUCUUAUAAGCAAGAAGUAGCAUAUUCAAAGCAAGUAAUCUCUCUAUAUAUCACAUCUGUGGAGGCUCUGAAUGUAAGAUCCAUCUUGUUGCUCACCUAAGAACUUCUAGUUCUAUUUUGAGUUUUAAUGACUCUCUGACCAGGAGACCUAUGUGGGUAGCAUAACAAAGGUGGGGUUUCAUGAUCACUAAAUAUAAGGAACUUCUCACUGGGACUUUAGUUAACAUAGAACAUGAUCUCUUUUGCAGACUGAGGAGUUUGUUUACAGAUAAGAUAAGCUUGUUCAAAAUAAUUAUGCCUAGGAUCUUUCUCCUUGUGCACAUGUAGUAACCUUUCAGAUCCUAUAAAAUGAUGGUCUUAAGAUAUUUUUUAAGUUUCUUAUAAUCUGAAAAUUUUGUGGCACACAGUCAUAAUUGCCACUUUCAAUGGGAAUAGCCAGUGUAAAAGAGGCAUGUUUUCACUAAGAAAACAGCCAACACCGAUAACAAGGGCUCAAACCCGGACUAUGUUAAUCGAGCUUCCUUGUUAACAGACCGCAAUAACACCCACAAGAGUUGAUGUGUGAUUUUAAAAUUUGAUUUAGGGCCAAGUGCCCCUGGGCAGCAGCAGACACCAGCAGCAACCAUGAAUCAGCCUGGUAUGAAUCGAGGACUGCAAUUUAAUUCAGCUCAGCUCAACAAGUCACAAGCCAUGAACACCAUGGGUGCACAGGGUACCAUGCAACAAGUGGUACCAUUGGGUCAAGUCCAACAGCCAACAAUGGCACCUCAGCAGGUGUUUUAUAAUAAAUCAGGAAUGACCCAAGAACAGAUUCUUGCCCAGCACCUUCAGCAGCAUCAACAGCAACAAACGCCUCAGCAACAUCAACUUACCCCUCAAGCUAUGAUGUCGCCUCAAGCUAUGAGUGUCAACUCUCAGAAUCAAGGGGCACAUCAUCAAAUAACCCAAACACAGUCUUACAUUUCUCCAAAUCAAGGGGCAUCUCCGAUGCCUGUUCAACAGCAACCUGUACAUCAAGGUUUGUCUCAUCUUCAUGAUCUUGUUGUGGUUGACUUUCAACAGGAGUAUAACAGAGAUGUGUAGAUGGCCCUAGUUGAUGAUGACAUUGAAGGCAUUUCAGGGUGUAAUUUUGCUGAACUUUAAAACAAUGGAAUAGCUUGUCUUUCUUCCCUCUUGUCCCACAAAAGAACUUUUGCUCCCACUCUCUAAAUCUCCUAGUAUCUUAGUAGGACAAUUUCAUUGCCCAGGUGAAGACUUUACUAGUUCCCUCCCAAAAUUUCAAAGUUGAAUUACAAUUAUAUGACUUGUGGAAAAAACAUCUCUUUCAAAGUAAAUUCAGCUGAAAUUUUUCUCUUGGGGCAACUGAUGUAAAGGCAACUGAUUUUAUCUUAACUCUUUACACCCUAACAUCAGUAUGCACAUUCUCCGUACUGUUCUCUGUACAUUUUUGUAAGGGGCUGGUGAAGAGAAUAUGUUUAGCAGUAGAGAGCUCCUUUAGUUGGUGUUCACUUCUUUAUUCUUAUGACCUCAAUGUGUGAUUCAGGGGUGAUAUUGUAAGGAGAAAUUAGAUACAAGUCACUCUUAGGUGUCAAAGGGUUAAACUGUGUUGGGAUUAAAAGGCCUUGGUGGUUCACACCCAGCCAAGCCCUCCUGGCAUGUGGCCUGCAGGUCUCAGUUGAAGGAAAUUAACAGUGAAACUAGUUUAUGGACCUAUUUUGAACAAAAGAAAAAUUUAAUGGAUAGAUUGAUUGAAGUGUUGAUGCUUUAAUGAUUUAAGUAGCAAUUAUUGUGAUUGCUUUUUGUUUUUUCUUUAGUGCAACAGACCAAACAUACUGUUCAAGGAAGAAUACCACAUGUUCCGUCCCCAGCUGCAGGGCAGAACAUGUCAUCCAAUUCCAUGCGAGCACCUACUCCUUCAUCCAGUUUGACAAGCCAGGCCACCAUUGCUCCAUCACCAGCUCCUUUUGUUCCAUCACCUGCAAUGCACCCAUCACCCUCCCCUCAGGUAAGGCUGCAAGGCUUCAAUGCAGUCUUAGUUUAGCAAUGAAGCUGUCUUUGCAGUAAAAUGAGUCAAUUGUAAAUUAAAUUUGAGAUUUUACCCCUGUGCCUAUUUCAAGCUGUGUCAUGGUCAGGAUGACAGUUUAAGCUGUCAGAUCACACCAGUAUGGCCUUAAAUUUUUCAAGUAAGUAAUAGCUUGACUUGCAUUGUGUAAGCAUCCAGCUACAUGGCUGGGGCUCAAAACCUCCGUGUGGGACUCAGAUUUUUCUUUAUCCUUUACUACCUUCUUUCCCAUGCAAUCUGCAAAAGCAUUAUGGCAACAGGAUGCUGCAUCACUUAUGCACCUUGUAUAACACCUGUCCAUUGUUUGCAACAAGUUCUCUUCAGCUUAGCUGAUGUACAUGUUGUAUUUGGUGGUCAAAUUAUUACUUGCCUGGGUACUCUUCUGAGUUCUGGGGACUUUUCCUUUUCAUGCCUCUAAAAACUGUGAAUCACCUUAAUUCCAAUUCUUGGAUGUGCUUUGAUUUUUUUCCUUGCAUAGCAUUAUGUGCCAGCAUCACCAGCUGCCCCUACAUCAGUACCAACUCCUAGCACGAUGAAUGUUCAGUCACCAGCCUCUGUUCCAAACCCUGCCUCAGUGGGACCCCCAGAAGCCAGCCCUGCUCCACUGAACCCAGCUGAAGAACAGGCUUAUUUGGAUAAGGUAUGUGUCUAGUAUAUUACUUAAUAACCAUUUAUCAAGUGACUAGUGUAACUCUGUGCACACAAUCGCUAAAAAAAAAAAAAUAGUGAAAGGUGAUAUGUAUAGGGUGCAAGGAAAAAAAGCUGGCCAGCCCUGCAGUCACACCGCUUGUUUGCAUUUUUUUGAGAACCUGAAUUCAACUUGUAGAGUUAAACAAAAAAUAAAACAAGUGAGAAAAUAAGUUGCUUCAAGAAAAAAAAAAAGAAAAAAAAAGGAAAUUUUUUUACUAUUAUCUUUCUAGAGAAGUCAGGGGUUUCAAUAAUAGCCAGGUAGCAAGUAUAUCUAUCCACUUGUAAUGAGCUGAUUACCCACUUGUAGCAUGUCCCCCACUAGUUAAGAAAGUCCUCUGGGGCUUCUAAGAAACCCUGUUAUGCUAAAGUACCCUCUUGUGCUAAAAAUUAUUGAAACCCCUGGAAGUUGUCCAGUUUGUGCCCUUCUUUUGUAUGCAACUUCAACCUUUGUAGGUUGAAACAAGUUGUUGGAAGGUUUCCACACUAAGUGAGCUUAUGAUUAAAUGCUUAAUGACAAGUUAGGCUGGCGGAAUGGGAAAAUAUUUGGCUCUGGAUGUUACGAACAGAUGUGCGUCACUACCUAAGCCAAAUGUUUAGGCGUCUGGCCUUUGGUACUCAGUCAAUAAUUACAUGCAUGUAUUAUAUCAAGCAAAGAAUGAUCAGGGUCAUUAGUUGAUUACUUUUACAAAAUGAUACCCCUGAAGAUGAAUUGGUUUAACAUUUGGUGUAUUGGACCAAAUACCUCUUUGCAUCUAUGGGUGGUGUUUUCAUUCAGAGGUAGUGCUCUUCUGAGUAAACAAAGCAUUUCACAUUUCUGGACCUAGAAAAGUCUAACUUUUGCAAAUUCUCAUUAAUACAUCUCAUAGCUAAAUGAACUGAAACCCUAUGUUGAACCACUGACCAAGAUGAUAAACAAGUUGAACCGAGAUUCAAGGGAGAAAGGUAAGUGUUUUGGGUAAGAAACGUUGGUUCAACUCGCGGCAAGUUGGUUGGGAUACCGUGAGUCGUUUUAUUUGGUGUAUAAAUAUUGUAUGAAAUUACCUUCAAUAUGGGCAAACCAAAAAGGAACAAUUGAUGAUGGAAACAAUAUAUAGAAUAUUAUCAACUUGUAAAACAAUGACUUUAAGCUUCUCUAGUUAUAUACUUGUAGUUUUCAUAAGAGGCAUUCUGAAUAUGUUUUUUUUUUAGGGGGGGGGUGAAAAACCUUAGUUUACAUAUUAUGCAUGUUCAUUAAAAGGGCUAAACGCACUUCCAAAUUAGAUUUUUCUGGUAAGGUAGUCUCAACUUUGGUCACUUGGAACAUUUCUUUCUCUCCACCCAUUGAAUUUCAUUUGGGGAAUGAACAGCUUAUAAUGCCUGCACCUGUGCAACUGGAAAAAUUAUUUGUGAUAUAGCUUAUUUAGUGGUUUCAUACAUGUAGCUUCCCACUGAAAGUGAAUGAACAUAUGAAGAGAGAGAGAAUUUUACUUCAAAUAGUUCAGCAAAUACACAGUUAUUACCACGUAGAAUUACAUUAAUUAAACAACAGGUAGAGGUAUUUUAGUUUUCAGCUAAUAAAGGGAGGUGUUUAUCAAAAUGACAUCUCCUUGCCUAGUAUGAUAAAUAAAGGAAACUGAUCAGAAUUGGGUUGUUGUGAGAUGACAGAUUUUCUACAGUGUUAGCUUUUUGUUUCUUUCAGAACACAGCAGUUUGUACAAAUUGAAGCAUCUCUACAAUAUCCUGACAAACCCAGCAAAAAGGUGAGCAAACUCAUUUGAAAUACGAGGUACAUGUAAAUAAAUAUUGUUCCUGAGCUGUCAUUGUCAAAAGUCUAAUGUCACUGAGAGUGAUGUGUAGAGAAAUUCAAAUUUCAGGGAUAGAAUAACUAAUCUGAGAUCCAAAUUGCAUUAAAUUUGGUGCUGGUGCCUUUCUUGGGAGGGGAACAAGCACGAAAAAUUGUGUACCAGGAAAGAAAGAAAGCCAGUAACAAACCCUUACAUAGCAGCUGGCUUUAAACAACAUACCAGUUGAAACUGAUAAGCUCCUCUUGAAUCCUACACCCAUUGGCACUGUGACAAAACUGUCUUCAGUGGUUCAGUAAGCUGGAGGUAAAUAACUUGACUGACAACCAAUUUCCUUAGAGUCAACAACAAAAGUUUUCUUUCAACAGAGCUUCAUUCAAAUGAUUACAUUAUACAACAUAACAUAAUUAUAUUUAUUCAAUAUUAAUUAACCCUUUAACUCCCGUGAGCGACCAAGACAGAAUUUCUCCUUACAACAUCAAUACAAUAUUAAGGAGACAAGUGUUGAGAAUAAAGAAAAAUAUCAAUUAGGGGAUUAGUUGAUCCAAUACCAAAUUCUCCAAACUAACUUCAUAAGAAUUGUAUGGCAGACAGUAAGGAGAAUUACAUAUGAUAUUUUGGGAUUGAAAGGGCAGAUUAUACAAUGAAAAAUUUGAUUGUGCAGUAAUGUCAAUGAAACUUGAGUUUUUUUUUGGAGUAUUUUCUUAUGCUGAUUACAGAGUUUCAUUUCUUACAUCAGGCUUCCUUUGCAAGCGCUGGAAAAUAGUGGAAAUGUGCUGAAAAAGCUCAUCCCAAUCACCACACCACCAGCCCCUCCCACACCAUCUGGUAACACCACUUCCUUAGCCUCUACCACGUCUGUUGUAACAACUACAAGUCAAGCUGUUCCAGUAGUACCAUCAGCUCCCAUCCAGACAAUUUACAAACCUUUGUUUGAUGCAGUUACAAAGCAUGCAAAGUCACCUAUGUUGGGCCACACUUUGAAGAGAACAUUUACACCACUGCUGCAAGCUAUGGAAGGACCACCCAUACUGUAAGUUUAGCAUUAUGGUUGGCUCCUGACAACUUGAUCCUUUGAGGUUUGAGGGAUCCAUUUUGUUAAAACAUAGGCAUGGGUAGCAUGCAGGAGUUAUUUUUUUAGCUGGGUGGGUUGAGAUGGGACACUGUGUACCUACUGGUAAUGUUUUCAUUUUUGUAACAGAAAAAGAGCACAACUUUCAAAAGAAUGAAAAUAACCUAUUACUUCACCUUAAGGGAAAGAUAAACAACUCCUGCGGGUAUUUCAUGGUCAACUGUCUCUAUUGUCUAAAUACUUUGAGCAAAAGAAAAAUACAUUAGUGCCAUGCUUAAUGUAGUCUCCUUGGCAGCCAUUGUUUGGUUUCAUCAUACAAUACCCUUUGGAGAGAGAGCCCAUUGCACAACAAGACCAAAUAACAGUUGCAAAAGAGACUAUGUUUACUGCCAUUCCUCAAACAGACAGAAAAUCAAAAUUAUUUGUUUACAGUUAGCUGCCUCAAAAAUAUAAUUCCAUGUAAUUUUACCACAAAAAGCAAGCAGAAACUCUGUUGUAUCUGCAAUAGACCUUAACCAAAGAUAUAAUGGGAUCUUAAAUAAGUGAAGAUGCACUGAACAAGAGAAAGGGAUAAUACUUCAAAGAGGGCUCCUUGAUUGGUUGUUUCCUGUUUAGAUUUUGCCCUCUGUGUGUGAAAUACAUAAUAAAAUGCAGGUUGUUUACAAGGAAUUUACAUGUCAGUGGGUUAAGUCCAAGGUAGCUAAAAGCAAAUUUUAUUUGUAGAAAAAGUCAAAAUGCUAUAGAAUGGUAUGGAAAAUUCAUUAUCUGUAGCAUUUAGUUCCAUGUGAAUUUUUUUCAGCGGCAUUGGACAAUAUGCUUAGAAUAUGUGUUUAAAAUGCAGGUUGUUUACAAAGUACUUUUAACUUAAAAAUGUACGAAAACCUUAAAGGUGAACCUUUCAUAUCCUGAUAAAUCUCACCCUUAAUCAGCGUGGCUCUCCCAAAGGCCACAGAUCAUUACACUUAUCAAAUGAGCCCAAAAUUUCUGGUUAAUGUCAUUCCUUAUGCACAGCUCCCUGAUUCCAUGACAUCAUUUGCAAAAAAGCAAAAAUCCAAACUCUUGAUUGGUGCUAGAUAUCCAAAUGCUGUGAUAUGAUUGGUGCAAGAUACAUACCCUUAUGUGGCAAUCUGAUUGGUGUUAGAUACAUACCCUAAUGCAGCAAUCUGAUUGGUGUGAAGUACAUACCACUCUACAUGCUAAAAGAGAGGUUUUUUUUAUAGAAAAAAAAAAUAACUGAGAAUUGUGUAGUAGGACACCCCACUAUUUCCCUUAUUUCCUCCUUUUUCAUAUGUCUCCAGGACUUACGAAGGAAUGCUUUGAUAUGUGAGUUGGAUUCCUUGUAGUUCCUUGGUAUCAUUUUCAGAUAAACGGUGUUUUACAGAUAUACACAGAUAGAAGGAAGAGGAUUGGCUAAUGUUUUAUUAUUUUUUUAUUUGUAGUCCUAUCCCACCCCCAGCCAAGAGGAUCAAGGUUACUGGUGAAAUCCCCAAGAAGUGUACUGUGCCACAUGUGUUGCAAGGGGAACUUGCCCGCUUGUGCAACCGAUUUCAAGUGAGAUCAGGAGUCAGCUGUGGAGCAGUACAGAGUAACACACUUCUGGAGUGUUCAAUAAGUAAGAAAAUAAUUUUAAGAUUCAAUUGCUUUGAAAUAUUAAUUUUUUUACCCUUAAACUCCUAACAUAUGAUAGUUAAUUCUCCCCUCUAGCUGCUACACUUUCCCUGCUAAAUAAACCUUUUAACCCCCAGAGGUGAUUUACAUGUAACUUCUCCCUUUGAUAUCCAUACAUUAUCCAGCCAACAAGUGAUGAUAGCAUUCACACUUAUCAAGUUGAAGCUGUUAUCCUGAUCUAACCCCAAAUUCUUGUAACUAAUUUACAAGGAAAUAUGUAUCAGCUAGAGACGAGAAUAAUUCUUAACAAUCAGAUCUUGAGAGUUAAAUGGUUAAAUACGAGAAUUUGUUGUUGGAUCAAGAUAACAACUUCUACCUGAUAAGUUAAAGUAUUCUCAAAAGAAGCUACCUAUUAAGCAAUUCUGGGAGUUAAAAGGUUAAAGCUGUAGAUAAAAUCAGUAAUUAUUGUGGGCUGGCCUGGUGGUUGUUACUUUAUCAUUUCAAUUGUUUUUGCAAGCAUUAAUUAAAAGAGAAUGUCGUUUUACAGUAAAUGGUUUGAACCUGGGGUAACAUGUAAUAGUGUAGUUUGAUUGUCCUGGUGGGUGUGGUCCUGAGAAGGACUGUCGUCAGAAGUGGUGACAGACAUUUCAACAACCUGAGCAGAAGUCAUCAUCAGAGUGGACUCUACCAACAACAGUCCUUCUCAGGACUACACUCACCUAGAUGAUCAAACUACACUAUUACAGAAUGUUGUUUUAUUGGUAUAUUGAUUGCAUGCAAGAAGUUAUGUUUUUAUGUACUAAUUAUUUUGUACAUUUGACUUGAAAUUUAACUAAGUUCUCCUAACUUUUACAUCCAAGAUGACCUGAACCUGCCUGCAGUUCCACCAAUAGAAAUCAGUGUUCCACAGAACUACCCUUACUCCAGUCCUGAGUGCAAGACGGCAAAUUAUAGUAAGUUCUACAUUCUACAAAGUGUCUCUGUGUAUGAAAUUCACCUCUUACAAUCUUUGUCUUGUGCAUUUAAUUAUGGAGUGCUGUAAUCCAGUAUUCAACUGAUUUAAUCCCUUAAACCCUAGGAGUGACCAGGAUCUCAUUUCUCCUUACAGUAGUAAUGAGAAUAAAGGAAAAUUAAUGCUUACCAAACCUACAAAGCUUUGAUCUCCAAAUGAAUUCUCUAUGUCAACACCAAAAGCAACAUAUAGAAAAGAGUAUGGAGAAUUUGGAUCAUGAUAUAUAAUAAUAAAAAUAAUAAUAAUAAUGAUAAUAAUACAAAAAUUUCUACAGUGCCCUAUUCUAGAGCUCUAAGGCACUUUACAAUAAAAUGUUUGAAGCAGUAACUUAGUGAGUAAUAAAUUUGAAAAAUACUAGUUAGAGCAAAACUACAAAUUAAGGUAGGGCUUAAAAAGAUAAGUUUUAAGGUUGCUCUUAAAAGAUGUAAGAUUUAAACUAUAUUUUAUAUUCUCUGGAAGAUUAUUGCAAAGUUUAGGGGCACAGACUGAAAAAGCACAAUCACCAUAAAAUUUUAACGUCGAUCUAGGUGUCACCAACAAGUUCGUGGUUGAUGAUCUUAAAAUGUUAGGGUGUGAAGGGUUGACCAUUUGACCCCUAAGUGUAACUGGCUUUCAAAUUCUCUCUACAGUAUCACCUUUUAAUCAAAGGUAAAGAUGAUGAGAAAAGUGAAAAUGAUCACCAAUUUAAGAAGCUCCUGAUUGUCAAGCAAAUUCUCCCUGUCAUUAACACAGGAAAUGUAGAGAGAUCAUUGUGGAGAAAAUGAAUACCAAUGUUGGGGUGGAAAAAUGUAACUUGACUAAGCUCUGUGACUGGUCUUGGCAACUUCCAGCACUUCAAUUCCUUAACCAGUAACAUACAAAUCUUAAGUUUGUGGUGAUAGGGUCACUCUCAUUUUCCAACUUUCAAAGCUGCUUUUACAAAGCACAUGUAUGCAUAUUAGUACAAGUCCUCUUUGGCUCCUGUCUCCUGACAUUAUGUUUGGCUGUUAUGACUACCUUGGGUUCAGUGCUAUCAUUCUUUUCAUCAAGAUUUAGGUCAUGUAAACAUGUUUAAUUUCUGUGUGUUGUAGAUGCCAACCCUUUUCUCCAGAAAGUCCAGAGGCAGCUAUCUUCAAAACUGCAGUGUAUGCCUGAAAAGUACUCUGUUACAUCAGUCCUGAAUGCAUGGGUAGGUAUUUGUGAUAUCAUUAGUGGGUAUUUGUGUGAGGAGAGGGGGGGGAGGGAGGGGGUGGGAUGCAGCUAAUGCUUUCCAAAUGAAAAUUUCUAAGUCUGAUCCCUGAGUAUUGUCCUGGUUAAUAUUUGUUUUGCAUGGGUUUGUACAUUUAUUUGCAAUAUUCCAAACAAAAAUUAGGCAGGAAAGAGGUGGAGGAGGGGGGGAUUUGGUGAGAGGAAGCUUGUUUUCUUUUAAGCCCUUGGCCUCUGAGAGUGACUAACAUCUAAUUUCUCAUUACUAUAUCACCCUCAAAUCCUAUAUAAAGGUCAUGAGAAUAAAGAAAAUGAUCACCAACCAAAGAAGUUCUUGAUUGAUGAACAAAUUCUCCUUGUCAGCACCCAAGGAAAUGUAGAAAACAGUAUGGAGAAUACACAUACUUAUGUUAGGGUAUUAAAAGUUAAUAGAAGUGUCCAAGUUUGAUCCCUGAUUACUCUCCUGGUCCUUAUUUGUGUAUUUUUUGUUUUUCAGGAAUCAAGCAUACGGCAAGCUUGUUUUGCAGAAGUUGCAGUGAACUAAGAUAAUGGGCUGGGGGACUUCAGUUAAAUUUUGUUGUAAAGUAAUUUCUAUAGCUACAAAGUUGUAUUUUGACAGAAAAGUAAGAUAUUUAUUUGUGUAGAAACCGUUAAGGGAUCACCAUGAAAAUUGUAGUCAGACUACAAAAAUGUCACUUUUUUGAAUAGAAGGUAUUUUAUAAACUAUAUAUUUGUGUAAGAGAGGGAACUGUCAGAAUACUCAAUAUAACAGAUUCUCCAGCCAUCAAUUUUUCUGUUGAUAAACUUAGCAAUCAAUGUUUAAAGAAAAUAUUGUUCUGUUACUGUUUCAGUGCUUUAAACAAUUUUUGAAGUGAUCUUGAUUUAUUUAUUUGCUGUG